ACUAAUAUUUGUUUACGAACGCGUUUUCAGAGCCAAGGAUCAUGGGUUGCCCCAGCCAGGGCUUCAACAGAGCUCGAGAGGGCCCCUGGCCCACUUGCACCACCGCCGUCGCCCGCCCACACCGUCUCCAGUGAGGACGGGUUAGCUGAUUAUCACCUAAUGUUGCGCAGGGCAUCGCCCUUGCCCCACCAAUUGCUAUGGAGGCCCCCGACACCCUACCCCGAGCGGGAUAUGGAGGAUCCUGCUGUGAACCUUGUUGAGCCCCCUGCAGCCCUUCCGGCUCCUUAUCUUAUCCCCGGGCCAGCCGUAAUCCACGAGGAGGAGCCACAAGUCGCUCCUCUUGACCUCACUACACCACCUAUCGUCAUAGACAUCUCAGACGACGAGGAUGAUGAGCCCCAGGCCCAGUCACAAGACCCCGCGGCCGCCGUGGCCUACUGGCCUCCUUGGCAUCACCCGGAGCCACAACAUGAGCCAAUAGACCUGAGGGAAAGGAUAGACCAGCUUCGUGCGGUGAGAGAGGGUGCACCCCAACCACCACGACUUCAGCCAUGGCGCUCUCAGGCUCCCGCAUCAGGGCGGGUAGCCAUUGUGAUUCCACUACCCAAGAACAAAUAG